AUGUCAUAUGAAUCUAAUAUAAUUGGAUUAAGUACGGUCGCACUAAUUCUUCUAAUUCCGCCAUUUAUAUGGCAUUCACAUUCUAAAAAUAUCCCAGCUGUUAUUUUACUGAUAUGGUUAACACUUAUGAAUAUAAAAUCAAUUGUAGAUUCUGCAAUAUGGAGUAAUAGUGAUUUUGCUACUAAUUGGGAUGGGAAAAUCUGGUGUGAUAUUAUGACAAAAUUGCAAAUGGGUGCUAAUAUUGGUAUUUCUUGUUCAGUGACAAAUAUUGUUUAUAACCUUCAUUAUAUUCUAAAGGCUGACCAAGUCUUAUUAGAAUGGGAUUCGUGGAAAAGAAUUGUCAUAGAUUUGUCUAUUAGUUUAAUAACACCGAUAUGUGUAAUGGGUUUCUCGUAUAUUUUACAAGUAUUCAGGUAUGGUAUUGCUAGAUACAGCGGUUGUCAAAAUUUACUUACACCAUCGUGGAUUACUACAGUUCUUUACACUAUGUGGAUGCUGAUUUGGGCUCUUGUUGGUACCAUAUAUGCUAUAUCUCUAUUAUACAUUUUCUAUAAAAAGAAAAAGGAUGUUAAGGAUAUUUUACACUGUACCAAUUCUGGUUUAAAUCUAGCUAGGUUUGUGAGAUUGUUAAUAUUUUGUUUACUUAUUAUCUUAGUCAUGUUUCCAUUCUCAAUAUAUACAUUUGUUCAAGAUCUACAAAAUUUACAGAAGAAUUUCGAUUUUAAAUCGACACAUUCAAACUCAUCAUGGAAUAUCAUAAUUAGGUUUGAUCCAGGUAGGCCAUUAUACAAUAUUUGGUUGUAUAUCUUAAUGUCAUAUUUGGUUUUCAUCAUAUUUGGACUAGGAUCAGAUGCUUUAAAUAUGUAUGAAAGAAUAUUAUACUCAAUGAAAUUAGGUUUCAUUGUAGAAUUAUUCAAAAAACUUAAACCAACGGUCAAUAAAGACAGUAAAGUUGGAGAAAUAUUCAACAAAAUAUACCCGAUAUCAGCUAGAAGUAACUAUGUUGAUGAUUACAAUUUGGAUAGAGUAUGGUCUAAUACUGGUACCGAUAAUAGCAUGGUUAGUGAAGUGAACUAUCUGUAUAACAGCACCGUAAGUACACCAGUUGAGCAAGAAGCAAAGGCAAUUUUUUAUAACGAUAUAAGCAAAGAAGAGAUUAGAUUUUCCAGCAGUUCAGCAUCAUCUAAUAAAGAAAGUAUCGAAACAUAUGUUGGUAAUAAUGAUAACUCAUUUAUUCCAAUCAGAGUCAUUAGAGGAAACCGUAAUGUCAGAAAUGAGAAUGUUAUUGAACAAGAAAGUGAUAAUGAAAUCCACUCAGGUAAUGACUUAGAUUAUCAUUUUAAAUUGGAAAGGAAAGAGUAA